GGUAAAUGACACGAAAUGCAAUUUCUUUUGAAUUCUAAAUACUUUCCGUCAGACGAUGAGCAUCAGUUUCAUUUGCUUUAGAGUCGUUGGGACGUAUGGAAGUCUUGCGUGACUGUGGCCAGAUCCAUUGCGGGGUGGGGCGGGCCUUGUCGCGCGUGCAAGGUCCGAUACCAUCCACUUUAUAUGUUUGA